AUGCAUCCCAGACAGAUCACAAUAAGACGAACUGGUAUUGAAACAACUAUUCUUCAUAAGCCUCAUCCUGUCAUGGGUAUCUUUCAAAGUCAACCCUGCGCGAAGAUUUUGUUAGGCAUUGGGAAUACAGAUUCUCUGGCGUCACUGGACUGCCUCUCAUCAUUACACUCCCUGGAGCGAAAGGCUGUAGAUCACUUUCUUGACGGUUGUGAGCAGCCCACUCACAAGAGACGUAUGGACUGCCUUUCAUUGUUGCACUCCCUGGAGGAGCACAUUCCUUUGAAGCGAAAGGCUGUAGAUCACUUUCUUGAUGGUUGUGAGCGGCCCACUCACAAGAGACGUACACCUGCCUUCUGGAAUGGAAAAAAUCGAUCUUCGCAGGAUCCAAUCCACUCAGAUCUUCGACAGGCCCAGACAUUGUCGUUUGUAUGUGACUUUUCCAAAUCCUCAAUCCCUAAGAAAUGCACUCUGGUCCGCACGUAUGCGAUCGAAGACCUAAGUGUCCAGGAAGAAGGUCCUCUAGGCUGUUUCUCAAGGACUCAUGAAGGGCUCGAACAAAUUGCCAGUAUCACAAAGCCAUCUGUAAGAGCCGAAAAGCAAGUGUCAGAGAAUUUUCUGGAGCAGGAUAAGGGAAGGGCAAAACGCAAAGCCUCUGACGUGCCCAGCGGAUCUUCUCCUCCAAUGCCUAAGAGGUGCUCUUGGUCCUGCUUGUCUGUAAUUGCCGACCAAAUCGGAUUACUUGUAACAGAGGUUUUAACUGUCCAACCACCGUCCUCAUGUUGGCCGUUUCCCAAUGAACUUGUUUUAAAGAUUCUGGAAGACAUGCCAACUCAGGAUCUGCGAGUCGUCGCGCAGGUAUCUUGUCUCUCUCGGGAGUUAGCCGCUCCUCUUUACCUCCAUUCCGUAGGCUUAUCAUUUGAUGAUACCUCCCUGUGCAUCAGCACACAAGCGUGUUUCACCCUUCUCAUGUACAGGCGCUCAACUUUAUUUCGCGUGCCAAAGUAUCUGCAAUGCAAUCUCCUCGAUGCAGAUGAUCGCCACCUCCAGGCGCUCUCGAGCUUCAUAGAGUUAUUGGGAAGCAAUUCAUCGUUAUUUGUCUCCAUUGUGAAAGAUGGCGAGAUGCUGGGAGAUUUUGCGCCUCUUUUUCAGUCCAUCCGAGACUCGGGCUGCAGGAGUCUUCGGUUCUCGGAUCAGUGGGGGUCUCACCUUGCAUACCCUCCGCCGACUCUUCCUGAUUUCAUUGCUGCUCUGGAUCCUGCCAUCACAAAUAACUUUCACAUUUUCCAUGUCAACUCCCCAAUAUUUUUCUCCCGAUCUAUGGUCGCACUUACCCUCUCGUCCUUGCGGGGCUCUUCAUUGACCAACCUCAGCCUAACUCAUACUUCAUUGAGCAUUCUCCAGUGGACGGUGUUAAUGCAUGACAUUCACUUCCCACGGCUUCGUUUUUUGUCUAUCGACAUCGAGUGCCCUGCCACCACGCUCGUCGAGUUCUUGACAUGGCAUGAGGUUCACCAACUCUGGCUUUACAGUAUGCGUCCGGAGAUCGUUUCUCUUGAUGGCAUGGACCUUAUGCAAAAUGUAACCACUCCCCGCAUUCCCAUACAUAGCUUGCACUCUCUCGCUGGACCGCACUGGUACAUUUCGUCACUAUUAGACAAGGUUCGUUUGCCUCUACGCAUUCAAAACCUCGACUUGGAGCUGGAUCGCCACUUUCUGACAUCCACUCCCAAUUACUUAUUGGCAAUAAUCAAUAUUACCCAACAAUUUAUCCUCAUAGAUCACCUGCGACUCAGUUUUUACGACAGAUCAUUGAUUUCCCAAAGUUUUGAUGUCUCAUUGGACGAGUAUCGAACUAUUCCGGUCAAGAAUCUCACUAUCUUUCUACCACACUGGUACAAAUAUUCAGAUCGACACCCUUUGGUCAGCUGCAGUCCUUGGCUACAAGCCUUCCAGCACGUUGAGAAAUUUUUUCUCAGGCCUGGAGAUGUAACAGCAUCUGAGCGGCAGGAGUUGGAGGCUGCUUAUCGUCGUCCAGAAAAUCCUUAUUGUUUGGACAUUGGCCAUUUUGUGUAA